UUCUACUGAUGAAGUUGUUGCUUAUUGAUGUACGAAAGUUCGGCUAUAAAUCAUCACUUACUUGACAACAGAUUUCUAUGUAGGCUCAGGGUUGUAAACAAAUGUUAAAUUAAUUGCUGUUCGUAGUAAAUAUAAUCAACUUAAAAUCUUGAGUUCAUUUUUUAAAAAUGAAUCAAGAAAACAAUGAGACCGAAUCAAAGGGUGUAAUGUUUAAUUAUGACAGCAGUUUAGAGGCGUUCAUCCGAGACGAGUUCUAUCGUCAGCAGCAAGAAAACCUGAAUAAUGACCAGAUAGAUUCCAUCAAAAUUAACCAGUUCUUUGAAAGGGCUCUUUCUGAAACUCGAAGGAUGAAUGAUGUCAUUAAGAAUAGUCAUAAACAACGUAACCUGCUUCGAAAAGAAUUUGGUUUGAGAAUGCUCAGUGAUUGGUUUAAAGAACAUCAUACUGAAAUUUUGGAACCAUUCCAAGAAAGAAAAGAAGAAAAAUAAAAGAUAAUUAU